ACGGCCCUACCCGCGUUACGGCGUUGGUUAAGUGCACAGCGGUCGACAUCGUGGCCCACAUAACGCUCUCCGUGUUUUUCUGCCCAUGGCAGAUGCAGCGUCAAACUCAACGCCGAAUUCCCGCCAGAAACGCGUCCUUCCCUCGCGGUCCCGUCGCGGGGGCCCCGGUAUUGGAAGUUGUGACGUCGACCUUAUGAUACUAGACGCGCAGAGGCGACGAUUCGAUAACGAACCCUUGGUUCCUGCGGACACACCCUUCCUAUUGACAACGGACUCCACUUCAGCGGACGGUUCAAGAUGCGCGAACGUAUUUCAACUGAACACCGUCGCGAGACAGCGCUACUUUGACCGGCCCGAUGUUAUUAAGGCCUAUCGGGAACAGCAGAUCAUUCAGACCCCUGAAUUCACACUUUUGCCAGAGGAUGCUUCUGUGGGUGGGCGCUUCAGACCCCGGUCGUCAGCAGAGCAGGUCUCGGUGGACACAUCAGACGCAGCGUACGAGAAAAGGCAUCGGAAGUACGAGACCUUCGAGAAACGGCAACGGUUGCGGGAGAAGGAGAAAUUGAAGCACGAGCAGUACAAGCUGAAGGAACGUAUCGAGCAACUCAGAGCUAUGGACAGUUCUGCGUUCCUUGCUCUACCUGCCUCGUCAUUCUCUUUGCCACGAGAAAGAGAUCACACGGCAGACGGAAUUGGUUCCUCUCUGCAUGCCAACGGAACCACUGCCCACAACGAAGGAGAAAGACGGCGGCAGCAGAUGCUGGAAGUUGCGUCGAUGUUGGAGGAACGUUAUCGUACAUUAUUGCCUUCCGAUAAAAAACUAGCAGAUCUCAAGAGCGCUAGUCGACAAAGCAGCGUCAAUCUGAGCUCUUCUGAUGCCCGUCACCUGGAAGAGCUUGUCAGUCCUUCCGCUCCUCAGCCAAAUAGCUCUUCCAUCAUCUUGAAGAUCAAAGUUCCUCCAGCUCGGCAGAAAGAUCAUCUGUGGUUAUUCCCUAGCUCCCCAAAAGCAAACUCAGAGGCCCUUUCUCACCGCUCGAUAUCGCCCACAAAGCCAGUGCCCCGAAACAGUUCCCCGGAGCGUCCACGGAAACGUCCAAGAGAGGAUUCUGACUCUCCCUACUCCACCCCUGAUCGCUGUACCAGGUAUGCGCACUCGGGAACGCCAAAAGCAGAGGCUUGUAUGCUCGUGCAAUGGGCAGAGCGCCAUCGAUCUUCUUUAAACACGCGAAAGACUCAAAGGCAUGUUACAGCCUUUGGUACCAAGGUUCCCCCGGAAAUAGAGGAAGUCCGAGAUUUUGAGAUUCCGUCUUGGAUACGAGUUCCUUCGCCUUCAGCGAGGUCAGACGCGAGAGAGGAAUGUAUGGCUGCCGGCACCGAGCUGCCUGCUGUUACUUAGCACCGUACUAGCGCAGCAGUGCACUGAUUAUCUUAUGUUUAUUCGAAGCUCUAUUCAUGUAUUAAUCGAGUCGGUUCAGCACAUCUAAUGAGAGGAAAGUCAUG